AUGUACGCAAUAUCCUCCACUUCCACUGGAAAUGGUGCUACCUACUGGUAUACCCCCCCUAUUACUUGGUCAAAGUCCCCCCCCGGACCAGAGGCUACUCAACAACAAUCUUUUGCCACUCCCCCAAGUAAUCUAUCAACAUCCACUCUUUCAAUGUCCACCCAUACUGCACUAAUCACUACAUCUGAGGAUCAAGUCCAGCCUAUCAUUGAGCAAAUUGUUAGGAACUUGAAGUAUAAUUCUCAGGACGUAUAUGUCCAGCAAUUCUAUAUUGAACCAUCAAGUUUUCCUGAGUUUGUGGACAAGCUCAGAGAAAGUGACUACAGCACUCUAAGAUAUACGUAUGACUAUGUGAAAGGCAUCUUUCAACUGAGCAUGCCUACUCCUGUACAUGAAGUUUUCAUCGAGCGCCUCAGUGAACUUUUACAGGGGGAACUGUCAGGCCUUAUCAGAUGGUCAGAUGGGAAGUUCAAGUUGAGUUCUAAUACAUCCAAGUUCCUCCGGCAAGAAGGUGAAAAAGUACUGGUGAAAAAGUACUGGGAGGAGCUCCCCCACCUUGUUGGCAUUCUAGUGGUUAAAUUCUACGAGUCCCACAAAUAUGCAAAGCCCCAAUAUGGGUACGCUGAACCCGUCAACAUGCAGUAUUGGUACAACUUACAAAAGGACAACAAUAUCAAAUAUGGCCCUCUGAGGACAGCUGACAGCAUAACAUGGGCGGGUAGAUUUGUGGUGGAUAUGUACCUGUAUGAAAAGGACCCAAAGGUUGUAGGGAAGGAGGGCUAUGCACGGGAUCUUCCUAUGCCCGUAGUACUGAGGGUGGUACCUAAUAUAGAUGUGGGCCAACUCUAUCCCACUCAAGCCCAGAGAGACGAAUUCAACAAAGUUUUCAAUUGUGUUAUUACCAGGUCAAUUUUGGAGAUGGAGAAGAUUAUGAGGAGUGCGCCCCAGACUGUUGCUAACCUAGAAGCUGAAAGUGCAGCUGCUCAGAUAGCAGCGCUAGAGGUUGCUACCCAGGAUUUGAUAGCAAACCGCACUGGUCAUCCUCUUCAGACUGGUACCCAUCCGAGCACGCCCACUACUACUCUACCUACUCCCCAUUUGCACCCCCAAGUAUUGCCUAAAGAGAUAUCUCCCAUUGAUCUCUCAGUCUUCAAUAUCCAGCUGGAUUUUGACAAUUUUCUUCAGGCUUUUCAAAGAUCUGUAGCUGAUCUGGCACAUAGACGUUUUCAGGAUCAUUAUAAUGCCCCCCGAAGUCGUGCUCAGGCAGCUAGGAGAAGGAGUUCUUUUUACUCUGAAGAAGAAGACCAAGAAGAUUAUGACUCAGAUGGGUCAGAAGAUAUAUUCCUCAACAGCUUACAAGAACCAUUUAACAAUUUCCUGAAUGAUCCUGCAAUGCAAGGCAACACCCAGGAUAACUUGAACCCUGACCCAGAGAUGCAGGCUGGCAGUUCACAUCACCCCCACUCCCUGCACUUUAAUCUGGAUGACAAUGAUGAUGAUGAUGAAAGAGUAGUGGAACAAAAUGAGAAUGCUGGCAAGGUUAUAAGGGUGGAUCUGGAUGCUCAUAAUAAAUGGAGGGAGAGUUUUCACCAGUUCCAUCAAGAUGAUGAUGAAAUGGAUGUUGAUCUUCCAGAUAAUAGAUGGGCUCCAUUUUCCACAGAAUUAGACUGGAAAUUUGCACAUUGGGCAUUGCAGGAGGGGGUUGGCCAGAAAUCUCUUAACAGAUUACUGGCAAUUCCUGCCUCCACACUUUGA